AUGAAGACAAGAAGCUCCGGGGCCGACGAGGUGACACAGGAAGUUGCCGACUCGACCGAAUUGCAAUCGUGGCCACCUUCGCCCGAGAUCGAAGCGAGGCCUGACAACCACAACCUUGAUCGCGACGACGAGAUCACUUCCAAGAAACGAUCGUCUGGCCUGCACACACCCUCGACACCGGGAGAUGUGACACCCAGCCCAAUGGAACUCGAGUCGAUGCAUAUAUCCCAGCAUCACUUCUCGACCUCGACCUCGACACUGGGUCUGCAGCGACAGAGUGCGGCACCGUCAUCGCUCGGACAGCUUCCCGAAGCUGAUCGGUCGCCCGAAGCGUACCGUUUCCUUUUUGUCGCCUUCAUCGUCGAGACCGUGAUUUGGGGUCUACCGAGCGCAUACGGUGUAUUUCUGUCGUACUACAUGGAGGAGGGCGUGCAUGGCUCGACCGUAGGCGCCAGAUUAUUGUGAGAGCGCUGCGACUGGUUCGCCGCUUCGUGAGUCAAAAAAAGGCCGACGCUGAUUCGCUCGGGUGGCCUCAUCGCGUUGCACACAAUCACAGACCCCUCGUAGGAGCAUGCGCGUCCGGAACUAUGUAUCUGCUGGGUGAGUAGUACUUGAGUACUUAAUCACGACUCAAUUGCUCAUCCCUAAAGUCUUCUGUGACUUGCCUACCCAAAAGGUCCCCCUGUCGCUCUCCUCCUCAAUCCUUACCCGAGGUUCCGGAUAUUAGCGAUCCGAAUCGGUUGCUGCAUUCUCGUGCUCGCUCUUCUCCUCUCCUCGUUCGCCAAGACGGCUUGGCAACUUCUCCUUACGCAAGGCUUCAUGUACAGCAUCGGCGGCAGUCUCGCCUACUACGCGACCUUCACCUUUCUUUCGGAAUGGUUCGUUCAACGCCGAGGAUUCGCCAACGGUGUAUGUUUCGCCGGAACUGCGCUCGGAGGUGUUCUCUACCCUUUCGCUCUCGAAGCCUUACUUUCCAAGUAUGGAUCUGCGACGACCUUGCGAGCGCUAAGCGUCUUGACGGCGGUCUUGCUGGGCGGAAGCAUGCCCUGGCUGCGACCUCGGAUCCCCGUGGGCAAAGGAUCCAAAGGCAAGGCCAAGAAUGAUCCCGCUUCGAACGAGGCGACGAAGAGAAGACGCAUGAGCUUGUGGAGAAACACCAAGCUAUGGGUGUUCAUGUUCGCCAACAGUGAGCAGACCUCAAACGCUGAUUCUUAACGAGCUCCUGGCGAAAUCUGAUCGUGUCCGAUUUUGUAUGUUCGCCGUUCAGUUGCACAAGCCUUUGGUUUCUUUGUCCCGACCUUGUACCUACCGACUUUUGCGACUUCAAUAGGACUCUCCAACAAAGUCGGAUCAGCCACACUCGCUUGCGUCAAUGCCUCGUCCGUGUUUGCGCGAGUCUACCUCGGCAUCUUGAGCGAUAGGAUCAGUCCUCACGUCAUUGGGGCGAUCACGCUGGCCGCGAGUGCUCUCUCCGUUUUCAUCCUUUGGGGUGUGACUUGUACGUAUUAAACGUCCCAUUUCGAACGGGAGCCACCGAAAUGCAAAGACUGCUUCGAUUUGAUCUCGAUCCCGAACAGCCACUUCCCUCGCGCCCCUACUCAUCUUCUCCCUCGUCCUCGGUGUCGCCUGCGGAGGCUGGACCUCACUUUACGCCGCGGUAAUCCGCAACGCCGCGCGGGACGACCCGAACCUCUCCACGACCCUUUUUGGUCUCAUAUCCUUCACUCGCGGUCUGGGUUCGAUCCUAACGGCUCCGAUAUCGUCCCUCUUGCUCGCUCACCCAUUGCACCACGUCAAAGCUUCGGUCGGCUUCGGAGUCGAGGGGGGCAAGUAUGGCGGUUUGGUCAUUUUUGCGGGUAUGAGUCUCGUCGUCGCUGCUGCAUCCGAGUUGUUUAUUCUCUUAUAG